GACUUCCGGUAUGGGUGGUUGCCAGGCAACACAACUCCGCUUGCUCUGCGUGAGCACGGCUGCUAGCUAACUUGGUAGUUAGCGUUGCUUGUUUUUCCUGAAUUUAGCCGAUUAUUUUCCAAUUUAGAGCUGUGGAAAUUACACGUUUGGCAUUAUGAUGACAAUAAAAGACGGGGAGUACACUGCUACAAUCUAUAAACUGAUUAAAGACAGCCAGUAUGUUGAGGCCAUUCACAUCCUUAACAGCCAACUUCAGAAGCACACGAGAUCUCGGGCAGCACUGUCCCUGCUGGGCUUCUGCUACUACCACGUCCAGGACUUUAGCAGUGCGGCCGAGUGCUACGAGCAGCUCACGCAGCUGCACCCCGAGGUGGAGGAGUACCGGGUGUACUACGCCCAGAGCCUGUACAAGGCGGGCGCCUACGCCGAGGCCACCAAGGCCUCCUUCGCCCUGGACACGCCCAGCAGCCACACCAAGAUGAUCAAACUGCAAGCCUCCAUCAAAUAUUUUGAGGAGAAUUACUCAGCUGCUAAGUCUCUGGUGGAACAACUUCCCCCGGAGGACGCCGAUUACGUGUACAACAUGGGCUGCCUGCUCUACCAGGAUGCCAAAUACGAGGACGCCUGCAAGAAGUUCACGUCGGCCAUGCAGGUGCUGGGAUAUGUUCCUGCGCUGUCGUACAACAUCGCUCUGUGCUACUACAAGCUCAGCAACUAUGUGCAGGCCCUCAAAUAUAUCGGCGACAUCAUCGAGCGAGGCAUCCGGGAACAUCCGGGAAAAAUGCAAUACACCGGUGGGCCUUUCGAGCGACCAUGCUCAAGAGCAGAAUAUGGCAACGUUCAAGGUUCUUUGGCAGGACUUUUUGUAUUUCGACCCCAUUCCUUCACUGUCUCCCCCCCUGCGGCAGAGCUGAGCGUGGGCCUGACCACGGAAGGCAUCGAGGUGCGCAGUGUGGGCAACACGCUGGUGCUGCAUCAGACCGCCCUGGUGGAGGCCUUCAACCUCAAGGCUGCCAUUGAGUUCCAGCUGAAGAACCUGAAAGGAGCUCAGGAGGCUUUGACGGACAUGCCACCGAGAACCGAGGAGGAGCUGGACACGGUGACUCUGCACAACCAGGCUCUGCUCAACAUGGACAGCAAGCCCUCACAAGGCUUCGAGAAGUUGGCCUUCCUGCUGCAGCAGCCUUCCUUCCCACCCGUCACAUUCGGCAACCUGCUACUGCUCUACUGCAAGCACGAGUAUUUCGAUCUGGCUGCCGACGUCCUGGCAGAAAACGCACACCUCACCUACAAGUUGCUCACGCCGUACGAGUACGAGUUUCUCGAUGCCUUGCUGACCUGCCAGACGGCGCCGGAGGAGGCCUUCAGAAAGUUUGACGACAUGAUCGGCAAAAUGACGGAGAAGCUGCGCAAACUGGCCAAGCAGCUGCAGGAGGCCAAGACGGUCCGAGACGACGAUGGGCAGAAGAAAGCCCUCCAGGAGUACGACACCAUGCAGGAGAAGUACAUCGUGGUCCUGAUGGCCCAGGCCAAAAUCUACUGGAACCGUGAGAACUUUGCCAUGGUGGAGAAGAUCUUCCACAAGUCUAUGGAGGUGUGCAACGAGGACGACACGUGGAAGCUGAACGUGGCGCACAUGCUCUUCAUGCAGAACAAGUACAAGGAGGCCAUCAGCUUCUACGAGCCCAUCGUCAAGAAGCACUACAACAACGUGGAACAGUGUAGUGUGCGGGAUUGCCCGUGCACUGUCAAAGCACCGAUCUUGAACGUGAGCGCUGUGGUCCUGGCCAACUUGUGCGUGUCCUACAUUAUGACCAGCCAGAAUGAAGAGGCUGAGGAGCUGAUGAGGAAAAUUGAAAAGGAGGAAGAGCAGAUCUCCUACGACGACCCCGACAAGAAAGUCUUCCACCUAUGCAUCGUCAACCUAGUCAUCGGCACAUUGUACUGCGCUAAAGGCAACUACGAUUUUGGCAUCUCUCGUGUCAUCAAGAGCUUGGAACCUUACAACAAGAAGUUGGGGACGGACACGUGGUUCUACGCCAAACGCUGUUUCCUGUCCCUGCUGGAGAACAUGUCUAAGCACAUCAUCACGCUGAAGGGGGUGGUGGUCCAGGAGUGCAUUCAGUUCUUGGAGAACUGUGAAGAGUAUGGAAGGGAGGUGCCCGCCAUCAUCGAACAGCCACUGGAGGAAUCUGGGGUCCAAAUGGGCAAGAACACUGUGACGUAUGAGGCCAGACUCCUCAAGGCCCUCUUUUACAAAGUCACAAGCUGGAAUGAGUGACCGUGAUGCAAGAAAAGACAACAACACACUCUUGAAGUGCCCCACUUGCUUUUAUUUGGGAUAGAGUUGAUUUCUUCUACGUACAUUUAAUACUUCAUGCAGACAAAAAAAAGUCUUAAAUACUUCAAUAUAUUGGAGAAGACUUCAUAAUAAUUCACAAGGAAAUAAUACAGACAGAUUUCAUGCUAUAUUUCAUGACAUUCAAACUGAAACAGCUCCAAUCUUUACUUUUUUGGAAAGUAGAUAGACAAGUAUGCUAUAAAAACACUCCUAAUGUCAUUUGUUAUUGCUUUGACCCAUGUGACGUACCCAAGGAAAUCUGCUGUUCUCCUUUUGGAUUUGAUGUCCAACAUUUUCAAAACACCAAAAAGCAGCCAGGCGGGAAGUUGGACAAUCAGCAAAGGGGCCUCUUGGUUAUGUCCUGCUCUGUUAGAUAGAAGUUUAAAUAUCCUCCCAGGGCACCCACCGCCACCGCCGUCAUGUGACUGGAGCAGCCAUCUUGAAACAGCAAAGAUAGAAGUUUCAUGUCAACAGGACAUUGUCUCUUGCUAUGUGUGUGUUUUCUUUUUUUUUCUUUUACAGUAACACUUGGAAAUGGCAAACUGUCACUCUGGAUCAGUUGUCAAACUGUCACAUCCAUUGUGGUGGUGUUUGUUUUUUAUAAUAAAACUGUUGACAGUCAAAAA